AUGGAUUGGGAUGAAAAACUGCCGACUGAAUUACAUAAACAGUGGUUAGAGUUCCGGAACAAUUUGACAAAAGUAAAUUGUCUGCAGAUAUCUCGUCAUAUUUUCAAAGGCGAAGUUCCUGCCAACAUUCAAUUACACAUCUUUACAGAUGCAUCAGAAAAGGCAUAUGGUGCUGCAGCGUAUUUGCGAUCAAAACUUCAGAAUGGUCAAAUUAUUGUACGACUAUUGUGCGCCAAAUCUCGGGUUUCACCUUUGAAAAGGUUGACAUUACCUCGUCUCGAACUUUGUGCAGCUGUGGUUGGCGCAGAACUAGCAACAAGAAUAAAGAACGAUCUACAAAUAAGAAAUUACCAGACGUUCUUUUGGUGUGAUUCACAAAUAGUGAUAUCAUGCAUCAACUCUCCAUCAUCAAAGUUUCACACUUUCGUUGCAAACCGAGUAAGCAACAUUCAUCAAUUAACAGCCACAAGUCAGUGGCGCCACGUCAGUUCGGAACACAAUCCAGCUGACAUUUUAUCAAGAGGCCUUGCACCCCAUAAACUACAGUCAUCAAGUAUGUGGUUUUAUGGACCUAUGUUCCUGCAUGGUCGGGAAAAACUGUGGCCUUCAAAACCAUCAUCAGCGUUAAAAUCCGAAACCCUCAUUGUUCCUGAACGGAAGAAGGAAACUCCAGUAUCUACAUUGUCUGUUGUUGAAGGCACAGUAAAUCCUGGAGAGUUCAUAUACUCAAUACGACACAACAACUCAUUUGGAAGACUUCAACGGAUAUUAUCGUAUAUAUUAAGAUUCGUAAAAAGAACCAGAAGAAAACAAAAUGAUCAUUCAAGCAAUUUUUUGACUCCAGAUGAUCUAGAUGCAGCACAUCAGGUCAUCAUCAAAAGUAUUCAAUAUGCAGAAUUCAAAAAUGAAAUCAAAAUUAUGAAAUCUGAUGGAAGAAUAAAUAAGUUCAGUGCAUUGGCAUCACUGGCACCUUUUAUUGAUAAUACAGGCAUCAUAAGAGUUGGUGGACGGUUGGAUGCAGCCUCAUUAUCGUAUGACGCCAAAUAUCCUAUGUUGUUACCUUAUAACGACCCCAUUGUCAAAUUAAUAAUGAAACAAGUCCAUAAGAAAUACAUGCACUGUGGUCCGCAGUCUCUCCUAGCUAACAUGCGUCAACGAUACUGGCCAAUUAAGGGCAAAUUGAUGGCAAGGUCAGUAGUACAACAUUGUGUACGUUGUACUAAAGUAAGACCACGAUUUUAUGAAUAA